AUGGUAGGUGGUCGGCCAUCUGUCCCCAUUGCAGCCAUACAGGAGAGAAUCAGCGGGGAACUUAACUACCAAGUGUCAUACAUGAAAGCAUGGUUAGCGAAGCAAAGGGCACUUGCGAAGGUGUUUGGCAAUUGGGUAGAAUCUUACGCAGGACUCCCAAGAUGGCUUGGUUAUAUGAGUUCAUUUUCCCCAGGAUCAUACUACUACAUUUACACAGAUGCUUAUAUCGGUGCGGAUGGUCUUGUUGAUGGUAGUGUUCGCAAAUUCCGUCGAGUGUUCUGGACUUUCAAACAGUGUUGCGAAGCUUUCAACUAUUGUAAGCCGAUGAUCCAUAUAGAUGACACUUUUAUGUAUGGAAAGUAUAAAGGAACAUUGUUGAUUGCCACCACUCAGGACGGAAACUCUAACAUUUUACCGAUAGCUUUUGCAAUAGUGGAGAGUGAAAGUACGAGUUCAUGGGGUUGGUUUUUGCGUCUGAUAAGGCAACAUGUUACUCAGAAACAAGGUAUAUGUUUGAUAUCAGACAGACAUGCAGGCAUCAAGGCCGCGGUAAGGGAUGCGAGAAAUGGGUGGCAGCCUCCAAAUGCGCAUCAUGUGUAUUGCAUCCGCCACAUUGCUAGCAACUUCAACCAUAGGUUUAAGAAUGCAAAGCUUAAACAAGAGCUGGUUAUGAUGGAAAGACUGACAUUUGUCACUUGUGCAAGUUACGAGCCAUGUUUGUACCUUUUUGAACGGAGGUUGGCCAAGUUUCGACAGACUAGCCCUGCUAUCCAGGCAUGGAUUGAUGGAAUAAGUAGGGAGAAAUGGAGCCUCGCCUGUGACAUCGAUGGUGGUAGAUUCAGCCACAUGACAACCAACCUUGCAGAGUCUGUUAAUAAAGUGUUCAAGGGCGCUAGGAACAUGCCGAUCACUGCACUUGUCAAAUGCACAUAUGUCCGUCUUGUAGAUUACUUUGUUCAAAGAGGCAUUGCUGCAAGAGAUCAACUGCAGGCCCGCCAGGUAUACUGCCACAAGGUCAUGGUCGCAUUAGCCAAAAAUCAUGAAAAGGCAAGUGCUCAUAUGGUGCGCACGUAUAACGUGGAGCGAACAAGGUUUGAGGUCGAGGAAGGAUUCAACCAACGUACGCAUCGUAAUGGUUAUAGGUGGAGUGUUCAGCUAGACGAGCGAACAUGCGAGUGUGGACGUUUCCAAGCCUUCAGGUAUCCAUGUGAUCACGUGAUCGCGACAUGCACUCGACAGUCCAUUAACUAUUAUGAUUUUGUUGACCCUGUGUAUAAGUUGGAGACUGUAAGGGGUGCGUAUAAAGCUCAGUGGUGGGCCCUUGGAAAUGACUUGAACAUUCCUCCAGCAUGUGAUGGCCCUCGACUUGUUCCAGGCCCCACCAUGGUGCGUGUUAGAGGUCAUCUAAGGUCAACUCGCAUCAGAAAUGAGAUGGACCUGACAGAGCCUCAACCGAGCCGGCGAAAUAAUUCACUCCAGAGAUGA